AUGAAUAGAAUACAGCGGGAGAGAUUCAGAGACAGACAUUUGAGACAGAAAUAUGAUUUGUUACACUCAUUACCUACGUUACAGACUCCCGCAUUAGCAGGAUUAUACUUAAAAAGUUUCUAUAAUGCAACAAAGAGAUACGAUCUCACACUACCAUCAGAGAUCACGGACGCAGACGUCAAAUUUUGUGGAGAGUGUGGUGUAGUGCAUGUCCCCAUGGUCAACAUGGAUAUUGUAUCGACUUCGGAUAACGAACAAGAGGACUCAUUGAGUUUUAAAUGUCGACAUUGCAAUCAUAAAGUUUCUUUUAAAUCUAAUAAGAUAGAAAGUAAAAUUAAUUCACCACCACCUGAAAGUUUAUCGAAUUCACCAUCUCCUGUUAUUCAAAACAAAAUUUCAAACAGUACGGCUAAAAGUAGAGCUAAAAAAAGAAAACAAAACUCUUUGAAUAGUUUACUUGCAAAUAAGAAGAAAGAACAAAAAAAUGGGUCAACUUCUUCUCUUUCAUCUCUAACACUUGAAAGUUUUAUGAAAAGAUGA